UUCUCUGGACGAGUCUCUUUCUCAUCACACUCUCACUCAAGCUCAACCUCUCUCACCUCUCUCACGGCUGCUGUUGUCGCACUCACUCACUCGGCUGGUAACCUCUGUCUCUUCUUGCUUCGGCCGCUAGUUGGUCAGAUUCCUUCACCGUCUGUUGGUCCCUGGGCAGGUGGUGUUUUGUGGUUCCAGAAUUUAAUAGAGCUCUCUCAAGUUAACAAAGACCAACGAUGGACGUCAACGACCCUUUGGAUUUCGAGUUAGAGGAUGAAUUUCUCAAACCCCCGCCCAAAGUUAGCAAUAAAAGGAGGAAGAAGGUUAUUGGGUUGGAUGAUCUUCUUACUGAUCAUUUAAGAGAACAGGAAAAGCUCAAAGAAGAACAAAAUGAGCAGGAAAAGCCAAAGACGAAAAAGGCUAAGAAGGAUGCAAGUUCCUAUGAUGAUGAUGAAGAUCCCAGGGAAGCUUACUUGACAAAACUUGUUGAGAAGUGUGAAAAUCAGUUGAAAGAUUUUGGUGAAGAAGAAGAUAUUCCUCUCUGGGGAGUGAAAGUCUUUGGAGAUAAGAAAGCCUUUCCACCGCUGGAAUUUCCUGAGCUUGGAAGCUGCAAACUUCUGCAGUCAUUUUUGAACAGUGAGCUGAAUUCUGUGGUGGAAUUGGCAGCCGAAAAAGGUGAUAACUUUCUUGAAGGAUUGCUCAUCAAUGGUUGGCUUCCAAAAUUAGCAUUCCUCUGUGGUCAUAUAGAAAAACCAGUAGCCAUUUGGUCCUUCAACACAAUGUUAUAUUCAUCAAAUGAAGAGCUUCGAAACUCAUCCUCUGACUUUUGGUGUGCAGUUCUCUCUUCUAGAAAAGAGGUUGAUCAAUUGCCUGUCGAAAUUGGUUGGUUUCCUGAGUACUCAGAUUUGAGAACAGCUCUUGACACUCAUGGGUUUCUUUUUGAAUUUUCAUCCAGUGGUGAACCCAAAAAUUUAGAUUCUGACACUGGAGAACCACCCCAAAAUAUUAGAGCCUGGCUCAAAUUUGUCACUGCUUGUUGUUUAAUACGGAGUAAAAGACCAGUAUUUUCUGUUGUAGAAGCUGAAGAACUCAUUGAAAUUAUUAUAUGUCUAUUUCUAGAUCGCCAGUUUCAAGGUUUAUUAGUGCUUUUGAAUGAUUGCGUAGAAGCGAUUGUCAAUUACUUCACAGACCAGGAAUGGCAUUCAAGUUGUGAGAACAUAGCAAAAUUCAUUGCUUCCAGAGUCUCAAAGGAUUUGAAUUGCAUCCAAUCUGUUGAGUGCAUACCGGUAGCUAGCUCCCGUUGUAAGCAACUUAAGAGUGCCAUGGCGUAUCAGAACCUACUUUCCUGUUUUGAUGGAUUUUUGUGUCAGGCCCACAAUGGAGAAGACAUCCUGAGAUUGCUUAGGGCAAUUAACUUCAAAGACAAAAGUUGCGAUUUCUUCAAGAUGUACAUUCACCUAGUUUUGACAGAGAACUGGGUUUUGUCCAACUCAUUAAUCGAAGACAAUCCAGUAAUCUAUGAAAUGUUCUGUCUUUUUCUAAGACAAUGCUCUAGCUUGAUUUCAGCAUCAGACCUACGAUCAUAUGCGUCAAAGGUUCGUCAUAGGGCUGCAUAUCUUAUGCACUUCUCCAUCUACAAGUAGUUGGUUUCUUUCUUGUGUAGAGCCUUAAAGGACCAUAUUUUGAAGGGUAAGAGUUUGCAAGAUUAAAGUGGCAUGGCUUCAGCAACUUAUUUUGACCGAGAUUCUUCAGACUCCCGGAUAUUUUUGCUACUUGUUGGGUGGCAUGAAUCAAUAUCUAAGUAGCUGACAAUUAUGAAUUAUCUACCUUUUAUCCAAUUACCUUUUGUUAAAUGCCCUGCAUUUGUAAAAUCCAUUGUAUAUCAAUCAAACUCUUUUAACCAAAGCUGCAUCUCACGUUGCAUUUC